AUGUCUGGAUCUCUUUCGGUGGUUUCCUUUGAAGGGGAACUGAAUGCUGUUGUACAGGAGUAUCUAGAGUUUAGUGGCUUUGAUAAAUGUACCUCAGUAUUCCUAAAGGAGUGCGAGCAGAAAAGCAAACCAAUAGCAACUCACAGUAUCAAGUCCAAAUCCAACCAAAAAUUAGUGGCAAUACAGAAUGAAUUAAUGCAACACUUCCACAAAGGAAGGAGGGAAAAAUUUUUCAAAGAAUGGAAUGACAGCCUCCAUCCCUCUAUCAGAGAUGGGGAUGCAGUGGCUAAAAAACUUGAGUUCUACCUGAACAUUUACUUUGCAACCUUUCCCAUAAAAUUUGCCAGAGGACAGAGGGAAGCAGAUAGAGCUAUGGGAGACUUCAAGAAAUAUCUGGAGACCAGGGGUGCCUCCCUGAGUCAGACUACUGAGUUUCUGCCUUUUUAUGCCUUACCAUUUGUUCCAAAUGCCAAAAGUCAUCCAUCUUACAAAGAAAUCUUCACUGAUUCUUGGGUAAAAGAUCUGGAAGUUCGAGUGGAGAAAUUUCUCACCCUGACACUAAAGUCAAGGCCACAGCCCAAACUGUUUGAACUUUAUAGAGGAAGCAAAGAUGGAGAUGAAACAGACCAGUUUCAACAAAUAUCUCGCCUGCAGCAACAACUGGUGGAUUCGGAGCGUAAAACAAUGUCUUAUAUAAAGCGACACAAUCGAGUACAGGCUGAUUACCACAAUUUGAUUGGAAUUACAGCAGAUUUGGUUGAUGCUCUAGAGUCCACCGUCCAAGGAAAGCCAAUAACUCCUGAGUAUCUACAGGAGAUUUGUUCACGUCUCUUUAGUCAUCACGUCUCCGGUUCUGUUGAUUUCACACGGCCAGGCACCGCUAGUCAUUUUCUCAGGCAGUCCAUUGCCCCACAAGUGCAGCCUCUACAGGAGCCAGAUGCCUACCCACCCUUAGACUACACCAAGGUCAAGGAUGAUCUCGCUAACGGACAACAUAAAAGAAUAGCUCUACUCCUACAAGCCAUCCGAUGGAGGCUGACCCAGUCCAAUCCACAGCAGAGAGACACCACAAUGACUGCGUACAGAGACAAUGACCUGCUGGGGUGUGCUAAAGCUGGAGCUCAUAGGACAGCAGUGCUGGGACUUCUUACUUCUUCUGAUGAAAUGGUAAAGCAGACAGCAGCUAGACUCUUCAAUGCAUUUGCUUCUCUCUGUGCAGGAAGAACCUAUCUUGCUCAGAACCAGGAAUUGUUUAAGGCUUUGUUGGACAACCUCCAUAGUGAGGAGAAGGAAUCCAUUACCAGGGAGAUGGUGUUAGGGGCACUACAGAAACUCAGUCUCAGACGUAACCUGCAGUCCUCUAUGAUUGAUGCUGGGCUGAUAGAGUGGCUUGUCAAAGUUCUGGAAGAUAAUGACAACCUGUCUGAUUACACUUUAGAGUACUCUGUGGCUCUUCUCAUGAACCUCUGUCUCAGAACUUCAGGCAAAAAGCGUUGUGUGGGAAACGCACACCAGACCCUGAAAGUCCUGAGUGAUCUCCUUGGACAUGAGAAUCAGGAAAUCCGCCCUUAUGUUAAUGGUGCCUUGUACAGCAUUCUAGCAAUUCCAUCCAUCAGGGAGGAAGCAAAAGCAAUGGGUAUGGAAGAAAUUCUGCGAUGUUUUAUUAAAGACGAUCAACCAGAUAUGAACAGACAAAUUGAAUUUAUAAUAAAACAGUUGAAUUCAGUGGAGACUGUGGACGAGUAUGAAUCAGAUGACGAGGAAGAUGAUGAAGAAGAGGAGGACCAGGAUGCUAUGGAGUUAGAUUUAGACAAAGACGAGGACAUUCAGAUUGAUGAUGGUGAACCCACAGGAGAGAAAUUACUGACAGAGGAAUACCAGGCUAUAGCGGGCUCCGGCAAACCCAAGAAAAAGCACUUUGAUGCAGUCAUGCAUGAACCUCUCCAGAGACCAAUCACUCCUAGUCAGAGACGAGCUACAGAGCACCCAUCCAUCAUCCAGAGUCGUCCAACCUCCCAGCUGUCUCAAAUUCCUGAGGGGAGGACUGACAUGUCACGCCCCCCAACCAGAAGCGGCAGUCGUCCCAACACCCAAGAGGGGCACAGAUCUGCAUCCAGAGCAAGUCAGUUAAGUCAGGGAAGUGCCAGGGCUAGCCGAGAUAAUCCAGAGGUGAAAGAAUACAAUCAGGCCUUUGGUUCUCGACCUAAGAUUCCCCGCACACCAGAUGUAUCAAGUCUGGGAAAAAACUCCAAUCAAAGCCGAAUGUCACAGCAGAGUCAGGGGAAAGUCAGUAAAGUGCCUCGUACCCCUGACUCUGGUAAGCGCCCCACCAGUCGGGGGUCCAUCAGUGGAAUGCCUCCCCCACAGCCUCAGUACUCGGAGUCAGGACCACGCCCAAGUUCUGCGGGGAAAUCCGUCUCUGGAUCAGAAAAUGCUCCACCCUCGAGGAAAGGAUCUGUUGCUAGUCAGAGAGAGGUGCCGAAGUCUCCAGAGCCAUAGUUAUAUACAGAGUUAAUGUUCCUGACCACUUAUAUACAGAGUUACUGUUCCUGACCACUUAUAUACAGAGUUACUGUUCCUGACCACUCCUUCUAUCUGCUUUCCUACAUGAAAUACUCUAACAUUCUCAUCAGUAACUGAUACAUAUCUGUGUAAAUGAAAUUCCAGUGUUGUAGACUGAAGAUAAUUUAGUAUAUUCUUGCUUGACUUCCUUUGAGAAGGUUGAAAGUUCACUUUAUUUGCUGAAUUGUACUGACAAUAGGUCCUUAGUUUGUGAAAUUAUUUAGAGAAUAAUAGU